AUGUCAACCACCAACCGAUCCAACACCAGCUCUUUGCCUUUUCUCCUGACGGGCAUCCCUGGCCUGGAAGCUCUCCACAUGUGGAUUUCCAUCCCGUUCUGCUUGACGUACAUCAUGACCUUGCUGGGAAACAGCACGGUCCUUCUUGCUGUGAGGCUGGACAAGAGCCUCCAUGAGCCUAUGUACUAUUUCAUUUGCAUGUUGGCGGUCAUUGACCUAAUCUUCUCAAAUGCUGUAUUUCCCAAAAUGCUGGCUGUAUUCUGGUUGGGUUCAAGAGAGAUUGGUUUUGAGGCCUGCUUUGUCCAGAUGUUCUUCAUCCACACGUUCACUGCAGUGGAGUCAGGGGUGCUCCUGGCCAUGUCCUUUGACCGCUACGUAGCCAUCUGCAACCCCCUGAGAUACGCCACCGUCCUCACAAGCUCGAGGACCAUCCAGCUAGGACUGCUGUCGUUGGCCAGGGGAGCCGGCGUCAUGACGCCUUUAAUGUGCCAGCUUGCCUACUGCAAGAGCAGGGUCGUGCCCCAUUCCUACUGCGAGCACUUGGCCGUGGUGGAGCUGGCCUGCGCCGACCCUUCUGCCAGCCACCGCUGCAGCCUCAUCGCGGCCACACUGCUGGUGGGGGCAGACUCUGUCUUCACCACCUUCUCCUAUGGUAUGAUACUCAGGGCUGUGAUGAGGCUGCCAUCCCAAGAGGCUCGUCUCAAGGCCCUCAGGACCUGCGGGUCCCCCGUUUCCAUCAUCCUGCUGUUUUACAUAGGUGGCCUGCUCUCCAUGUACCUGCAGAUGUUCUCUUUCGGCUUGGCACCUCACGUCCAAGUCCUGGUGGCUGAUUUCUAUUUGACCGUCCCUCCCAUGCUCAACCCACUCAUUUACGGCAUAAAGGUGAAGCAGAUCCAGGAAGGGAUCUUCAAACUGCUGGAGCAGUUGGCAGGACGCAGUGUCCCACAAGCUGAUACAGAUGC